AUGCCCGCCUGGGCCUCGAGGGCCAUGUUGUUGGCCGCUUGUCUGCCAUGGCACGCGGCCGUGGAGGCAACACUACCGCCGUACACCAUCUCCAUGUCCCCUCCUCGCACCAUCUAUCUGGUUGUCCCAGAAGGGCCCAGGGGCCUCGGAUCGCCCAGGGACUUCAGAAACCAUGGCGGAAUUAGCAACAGUCGUCUGCCUGCACCCGGCGAGGAAGAAAUAACGCGAGAGUGGCAACGGCUUCGAAACAUCAGAGUCCAUAUGGGCGAGUCGUCUGAAGAACUUGCCGACUUCCUAAACCACCUCGACACAGUCAUAUUCAACUUCCAAGAAAGCGAAGAGGUGGCGCGCACAAUCGGAUGGGGAUGGAUCGACCCGCGGCAGAUUCGUGUUGAGCGGCGCGUCUGGAUAUACGAAAUCGCAGCGGCGCCAACCAUGCUGCUCCAUUACCGCCAGCAAGACGGCGCUGAACGCUUGGAUGUGCUAAACGUCGGCGGCAUACCGUGGUCGCAGGUCAUACGGUUCAGCCAGCUUGACCUCUCGCAUCCGGGAGUCGUAGGCCCGCUGCAGACGUUGACUCGAAACGACCCCCGCUAUCCGGCGUGGAUAAACUCGGUCCAGCUAUCGUGGAUGCGGAACGCUGAAUAUGACGGCAGAUGGGGUCUGUACGGGGGGACGGUCGGGAUACCUCACGACACCUUUGAUCACCCUGAGGGGACGACUCGUGUUGAGCGGGCGCGCGAGAUCAUGAACCUGGUCACGAGCAGCCAUAUGAUUCCUGACCCGGAAAGGCGGCAGACACUACGAGAGCUGCUCGACUGGGACGCUGACAGGGAGCCCGACCGCACCUUUCCCCUUCUUCGCCAUGCCCAGCCUUUGGGGCUCGGCGCCUGGACACUGCCGCUGGUUGACUGGUCUCUGGUGCAGAUUCCAGAAGACGUACGGCUAGCACUUGCAUCGGGGCUUGCCAAUGCCAUCCAAUGCCGUGCUGCGUUGCAGCCAUUCAGGAACUUCUUCCUCGGCGGUCCCAAGGGCAAGAGAGAGGAGCCGCAGCGAGAUGCGGAUGCUGAUGCGUGCGAGCAGCUGUCUGUUCUGGUCAAGGAGGCCAUCAAAAUCCCAGAACCGUGCCGCCGAAUCAACAAGAUCGAGAUCACCAUGUCCCUGUCUGACGGCUUCAUGGCGGGAACGUGGGACAAGGUCGGCGGAACCCUCGAGGGCCCGGCUGGUACGGCCGAGUUUUUCUUUGCUGAGAGCCCCGACGCAGGCGCCCACGGGAAGAUGGUCGUGGACAUGCAAAAGUACUUUGGGCAAGACGAAAUCAACAUCACCGCUAUUGACAAGAUGACUCUCAACGCCCAGGGGGAAUUUUGGAAAUUAAGCAGCUUGAGAAACGACGCCUUCACGAUCCGAGAUAUUUCCAUCCGCGCACAAUGCUCCGAUCCCGCCUACACGGCCUUCAACAACAGAUACAUCGGCCUCAACAAGGACCUCAAACAUACCAGUGACAAGACGUUCUUGGGGGAUUUCAAAAAAUCGACUGUCGGAGUGCUCGAGAUCCGCCCUGGCGACUGGUCCUUUACCACGCCCUGUCAUGUCAGACAGCUCAGAUAUGACUUCAGGGUGUCAAGCGGUUUUGGGAGCGGAACUUGGGACAGCAUCUACUUUACUCUCGGGCACAGCGAGCGGCAAAUCGCGCUUGGCAAAAGCGUAGAAGCCGGCUUCUCCAGCAACGGCGUGGUCAACCUGAGAAGAGUGUUUGGCACAGACUCGGUCGACAUUCGCGACCUCGACAAAAUCGCCAUCGGGGAUACCGUUGGCACCUCUGUGCUCAGUCAUGUUCUGGAUGGCGAUGCGUGGUCAUUCCAAGGCAUUACGCUCACAGCAACCUGUGCCGAAAAUCAAAGAAGACUGAAACUGACAAAGUUUGAGUCGGUCAACAGCGUCGUUCAGAACCAAGACGACAAACCUGUCUGGGCGGGCGACGUUAGCCCCGAGGACUGGAUUGAAGUGGCUUGA